UACAGGAGAACCAUGACGCUGGAUUCCAUGUUGGCGUGCUGCCUCAGCGAGGAGGCGAAAGAAGCGCGGCGGAUCAACGACGAGAUCGAGCGGCAGCUCCGACGAGACAAGAAAGACGCGUGGCGCGAGAUCAAACUGCUGCUGCUAGGGACUGGAGAGAGUGGGAAAAGCACCUUCAUUAAACAGAUGAGAAUCAUCCAUGGCUCGGGGUAUUCAGAGGACGACAGGAGAGGCUUUACCAGGCUGGUCUAUCAAAACAUCUUCACAUCUAUGCAGGCCAUGAUAAGAGCUAUGGAUAAUCUACAGAUCCCCUAUAAAUAUGAACAAAAUAAGGCCAAUGCAAACAUUGUCAGAGAAGUGGAUGUCGAGAAAGUUUACAUGUUUGUCAGCCCUUACAUAGAUGCUAUCCAGAGUUUAUGGAAUGACCCAGGAGUCCAUGAGUGCUUUGACCGGAGGAGAGAGUACCAGCUCUCAGAUUCCACAAAAUACUAUCUAAAUUCACUGGAUCGCAUUGCUGAUCACUCCUAUGUUCCCACCCAGCAAGACGUGCUCAGGGUCAGAGUGCCCACAACGGGCAUCAUUGAAUACCCCUUUGACCUACAGAGUGUCAUAUUCAGGAUGGUGGAUGUAGGUGGCCAACGGUCAGAAAGGCGUAAGUGGAUUCACUGCUUUGAAAACGUCACCUCCAUCAUGUUCCUGGUUGCACUCAGUGAAUAUGACCAGGUUCUGAUAGAGUCUGAAAAUGAGAAUCGAAUGGAAGAAAGCAAAGCAUUGUUUAGGACGAUAAUAACAUACCCCUGGUUCCAGCAUGCAUCAGUUAUUCUUUUUUUGAACAAGAAAGAUCUUUUAGAGGAGAAAAUAAUAUUUUCACAUCUUGUAGAUUACUUUCCUGAAUUUGACGGACCCCAAAGAGACACUCAAGCCGCCAGGGAAUUUAUCCUGAAGAUGUUUGUCGACCUGAAUCCAGACAAGGACAAAAUAAUUUAUUCUCACUUUACGUGUGCUACGGACACAGAAAACAUCCGGUUCGUGUUUGCAGCCGUCAAAGACACCAUCUUGCAGCACACACUGAAGGAAUACAAUCUAGUCUGAAAAACAGCUGUUAACAGUUUUGGUGUUGUCUUGCAUUUAAUGGACAGUUCAGACAGAUUGAGUCUGACUGAUAGUCUGACUUCAUUGUAUAAGGAGGCCAUUGAUUCUGUUUGAUGCUUAUGUUAUUUACAAAUUAACUGUAUGAGGAAACAUAAGCUGCUUACUACAUAACUAUUUAUUUGCACAUUGAAGCAUGUUCACAAGGUCUUUGAGUGUUAAUCCAUUUUAAUAGAAAAUAUUGUGUUAUUAAACUUUUAUUUUGCACUUAUAAAGAUUUUGGAUUAAGUAACUUUCCCUUCUAGAUCUUUAGUUCUGUAUUAGAUCAUUUUCAUGUUCACAUUUUUUUGCUACUGUAUGAAUAUUAUGUAGGUUCCUCUUCCUUGAGCACAUUUAACAAUUCUUAUCAGCUCAUUAGACACUAAAGAAAACUUUUAAGUACUUGUGUGGUAUUUUAUUGUGGUACUCUUAAGUCAGAGUAAACAGUAGAUAAGAUGCUUUUCUGCCCUGCAAAGCACUUGCUUUUAUUAAGAAAUGCUAGAUUUCAAUAGAGUUACAUUAAAUCUAAGUGCCAAAGUUUCCUUCUGGUGAAGUUAUCUUAUGUACUACCAAACUAAUAAUAAUGCCACAGGCAAUAAGUUGCCCUGGUUUUUUUUCUUUCAUUUUUUCAGAACAUUUUAUGUUCAUCUAGACGGGAUGAUGUGCCAAAAGAGAAAGUUGCUGUGAGUUUACGUUUUUUUUUGUAAUAAAUUUCCUAAUGAUACUCUUGCUGUUAUUGUGAAAGUGUGGU